AACACUAACAAAGUACUGUGGUGUGGGUAAGUCGACCGGACAGAGAUCGAAUGAGAACACAGUUCACAGCGUCAUUUUUGUUGAUUUUUUUUAAAAAUAAUUAUAAUUAAUUAGCACAGUCUAACCAAAACGGGAGCAAUUGUGUUUAUGUCAUCAAGUAAAACAGUAGACCGUUUUUGCUGAGGGGUUUAACAAAUGGCAGAAUCAGAGCACAACACACUUCAAAAGACCACGGAGGAUACAGAAGAUCACCCUGAUCACCCUAGUCCAACACAAGAGGCAGAUGUACAUCCACCAGAAGAGGAAUUGAAAGAAAAAGAGAAUGAGAGAGAGGAGGAGCCCCCAUCAGAGCAGGCUGAGAGUGAGGAGGCAUCAGAAAAGACUGGGGAAGCUCAGGAGGCAGAUGAAAGUGGGGAGAAGCAAACUAGCCUGCCAACUAGUGAAGCCUUUGGAGAGGGGGAGAGCGACGAACCCCAACCAGUCAUAGGGGAGCCUCUUUCCCGUGAAGACAGCCCUGUUAGAGACUUGGAACAAGGCCCUCCAAAGCUAGAACCAGGGACCCCAGAGAGACCAGGGAGCCUCAUAAUAACCGAGGAAAGCAUAGAUGAAGAAGAGGAAGAAGGCCAAACUAUAAACCGGGAAGAAAUUCUGGCAAAAUACAAAGCGCUGAUGGAAGAGAAGGAGCAACUCAGUCAACUGAACGGCCAAAUUCAGAACAAGUUGGCAGAGUACUUCCGCAGGAAGGCAGGGGACGAUGCCCGGCACGAGAAGGAGAAGCCGGUGUCCGACCAGGAGCAGCGUUACCUCAAGUACAUGGCCACCAUGGAGGAGCUGAAGUGGCAGUAUGCCCAGGACUCAGAGGCCUACCAGCUGCAGAUAGAUGAUCUGAAGAACCACUGUCAGGGCAAGCUGAGCCUGGUUGACAGUGAAGGGAAAAUCUUCAUGGCAAAGAAGAAGGACAUAGCAGUGGCAGCCAUGAGCCGCAGGUUGGGGAAGCAGGCUGCCCUGAACGAGGUGGAGCAGAUCUUAGCCAGCGAGCAGCGCAAGGAGAGCGAUCUGAUCCAGGUGCGGCUUGCAAACAUCAAGCUGAAAAACAAGAUCCGCAAGUUCGAGGCCAUGCUGAAGGAGAAGGAGGAACUCGCAGAGGGGCUGCACCUCAUCGACUUCGAGCAGCUGAAGAUUGAAAACCAGACCUACAACGAGAAGAUUGAGGAGCGCAACGAGGAGCUGCUGAAGCUCCGCAAGAAGAUCACCAGCACAGUGCAGGUCCUCACCCACAUCAAGGAGAAGCUCCAGUUUGUGCAGGUGGAGAACCAGGACAAGAAGGCACAGCUCAUGGACGUGGAGGCAUUGGUCGCCCACAAGAGGGAUAUCCUCACUAAGACCAAGCAGGCCCGGGAUGGCCUACGCAUGGACAACCUCAAACUGCGGCAGAGAUGUGGGCUGCUGGGUAAUGAGGCCCUGCUCCGGGACUUUGAGGAUAAAGUGGACGCCUCAGAGGCUCUCAGCCAGAGGCUGGAAAUGCUGAAACGCCGCCAUGCCGAGCUGACGCUGAAAUGCAGCGGCAUCAAGAAAAAAAUCGAGCAAGCCAAACCUUCCCACGAGUAUAUCUAACACACAGACACAGCGCUUUCCAGCAAAGCACCAUAAAAGCUGGCAUCUUGGUAUGUGACAUUGCACAUUGUUUAACAACCCUUUAACCAGUGUGUUUUUUUUUUUUUUGGUUUGUGUGAACAUCUUCUAAUUGUUAUUAAACUUGUGAGCUUAA